AAAAAACUUUGAUGAAACCGAAACUAGAAAACAAAAUUCAGAGAAUGUUAUCGAUAUUACUAAGAAGAGCAAUUUAGCCUGAAUGCAAGUUGUCUGAAGAUGUCAAACAUAACAAAGUAAUAGUAGAACCAGUCACGGAUUCAGCCAGUGGCAUCAUCGAGUUUACAUCCAAGCCAAAGCCGCUGUCUUCUGGGGAUAGUGACUCAUGCAGUGACCUGCCAGCAUUAGAACCUGCUGAUGAUUACCCUCAGUCUCCAGUUUACCCUGUUGAUGGAGCUGAGGGGAAUAUCCUGAGCUUAGAAGACGAUGUAAUGGAAAGUACGGAUGAAAUUAGUGUUCCAGAUAAAAUGGAGGAACUUACAAAAAGUGAAGAUUCCAGUGAAAAUGGUGAGGGCAGUGAUGAGGAAGAUGACCUUAGUUUAGAAGACUCAAGUGGUGAUUCUAGUGAAAAUGAUGAGGACAGUGAUGAAGAAGAUGUUAAUGAAGACAAUGUUGAUGAUGAUGAUGACAGGGACAGUAGUGAUGAUAGUGAUAGUGGCAUGAGGGGUAGUGGUAAGGAUGAUGGAAACUGUGAGCAAGAUGAGAUGGAUGUGGUGCCUUGUACAGAGGAUGAAGAUUCGUCCAGUCUAGAAGACUUGCCUUUGCUUUCUGGAAAACGGAAACUUCAGGGUUUGUCCACUACUCCAGCAAAGAGAAGGUGUAGAAAUUCCUCAAAAGAAAAGGUGAAUCAGAUUCUGCAGAGGCUGAAAGCUAACUGCAGACUGGCAGAUGAUGAAACGAAGACUGCAGUGGGGGAAGGCUCUUCUGCAGGAUCGCAUGCUCAUCCAUCUGGGCAGCCGACACCUUCGCUUAAAUCUGGAACAAGUUCAGAAACCUUCAUAACAAGGUGUAAGGCGGUUGUCAUGGAACUGAAGAAGAUGUUCCGUGAUAACACACAGCUGCAUGACCUACCACGAGUCAAAGCCUGGCGAGAGGAGCUUGAGAAGAUAGAUAGGGAGGUUUGCCUGCCGAAGACAACAAUUGCAGUGGUUGGAGAGACCGGUGCUGGGAAAUCGUCCAUGCUGAACGCUCUAUUUGACCAGUCGUCACUGUUGCCGACGUCCGGUAUGCGUGCGUGCACGGCCGUGGUUGUGGAGGUCUCAGAAAACUGCGACAACUCGAACUACGAAGCAGAUAUAAAGUUCCUUUCCAGAAAGGCAAGUUUUAAUAUACACAGCUCAAACUACAUGUAUGGAGCAGAUACACAGUUCCUUUCAGAACAGGCAAGUUUUAAUAUACACAGCUCAAACUAUGGAGCAGAUACACAGUUCCUUUCAGAACAGGCAAGUUUUAAUAUACACAGCUCAAACUAUGGAGCAGAUACACAGUUCCUUUCAGAACAGGCAAGUUUUAAUAUACACAGCUCAAACUAUGGAGCAGAUAUACAGUUCCUUUCAGAACAGGCAAGUUUUAAUAUACACAGCUCAAACUAUGGAGCAGAUAUACAGUUCCUUUCAGAACAGGCAACUUUUAAUAUACACAGCUCAAACUAUGGAGCAGAUAUACAGUGCCUUUCAGGACAGGCAAGUUUUAAUAUACAGUGA